AUGGCUACUGUUAGUUUAAAUGGAUUACAUCACUGGAGCCAAUGGACUGUUUUCACUCUUUAUGGAAUUGUCACCUUGUGUUUGAUUGGUGGAAAAGUAGCCCAAGCUGAAGUUUGUGAUUUCACACAUGAUUCACGGACAAAUCCAGAAGAUAUAUUUUUAAGCACAUAUGAAGAGAGACCUGUUGAUGAGACAUUGAUAGCCCUUGAUGUUGAAGGCACAAUUGGUACAUCUGGGGAUAUUAAGCUAGAAAUAGAUGAUACAACAUAUUUAAAACUAGAUGAAAAGAACAUAACCUGGAAAAUGCAAUAUGAUCUUGAUACAAUCAAAGUGAAGCAAGUUACAGUGAAAGUAGAUUGUUAUAAAUUGUCUAACUCAUUUAAGAAAUCAAUCAAUAUUCAUAUAGAUAUUUAUGAUAUCAACGACAACGAUCCUUUCUUUAUUGGUGGACCAUAUGUAUUAAACAUCUCUGAGCUGUGGCCACCGGGAAUUGUAAUAUUUGAUGGUGUUGAGGCUGAUGAUAAUGACAUUGAUACUUCAUCGACUGAACUAAUUUAUAGCUAUGAGGCAGAAGGUUUUGGUGAUUUCGUUUUCACACCUAAAGAAGAAUUAAUGAUUGCUCCAGCUGGCCUAGAUUAUGAGACUCGGUCUUUCUAUAAUGUUACUUUAUUUGUUAAGGAUGAUUCUGAUAAUUCUACACCAAGAACCGGCAUUUCAUAUCUGUUCAUUAAUGUGCUUGAUGGUGAUGAUCAGAACCCAGUCUUUGGCAGCACACAUUACUCUGCCACAGUCAUUGAGGAAGUGUCUGGUGUCACUUUAGAUGUGAAUCCUCCUAUCUAUGCAUAUGAUCCUGACUUUGGACUCAAUGAGACAAUAAUAUAUAGUUUUGCUAAUCCACAAAAUUUGUUAGAUUAUGAGAAACUUGAAUCAGAUAAUUUCCGAAUAAACACAACUACAGGAGAAAUAACUAUCAUCCAUGCUGUUGAUAAGGAAAACCAAACUGAUGACAUUUUCAUUCGAGUCAGAGCGGCCCAGAAAGACCAACCUGCAUAUCGAUACAACUUUAUUCUGGUGGUCGUUUCUGUGAUUGAUGUGAACGACAAUGCACCUGUCAUGGGUAUGUCAAAUUACACAGGAAUCAUAACAGAAGACUCUCCUAUUGGUGCAUUUGUGUCAGAGUUUGGCGCUACUGAUAAUGACCAGGCUUUUGAUGUUGACUCUGAGGGCGCACUAACAUAUGGGAUAAGUGAUAAUCAGACUUUUUCUGUUUUAAACAAUGGAAUCAUUUUAACUGCAGCAAAUUUGGACAGAGAAACUCAAGAUAUUUACACAGUAACUUUGACUGCUACUGAUGGUAAUUUGGUUGACACAACAGAACUGACGAUCACGGUUACAGACGCUAAUGACAAUGCUCCUGAAUUCAAUGCUACAGAGUAUGCAUUUGACGUAGUGGAAGGAUUAGAUAAUCAGCUGAUCGGAAGUGUUUAUGUAAGUUGA